AUGCCGCCAUUUGGCCUGUACUCCCUGCCGCGCCACCACCUAUACGGUGGAAGAACUAAGUCUAAGACUUACAACUCCAACAACUUCCAGGGUGAUCAAGAUGAAGCUGCCGCGUCGGAUCCUGCCCUGUCUGCAAAUAUAGACGGCACUCCGGCAACCGAGGCUGUUGGUCCCGAUGCCGAGAGCAGGGAAAAGGUUGCGAGGAAGGACAAGAAGCGACUGUUGUCGCUGAAUGGCGACAAGAAUGCUGAGCUCGAGCGUCUGCUUGAUAGAGCCGAGGCCACACCCGCCAACAAUGAUCUAUUCAAGACGAAGAAGAAGAAGAAGGACAGAAAGCAUAAGAAGAAGCACCGUCGUUCCGACGAAGGCACGCACGGCGCCGCUGAUGUAACCCCGGACCCGCCUUCCAGGGGCCAGAAGAGCGACAAGAACAACGAUGGUCAGGAGUGCCGCGCAGUGAAGAAGCGCAAGAGAGACAGCGAGGCGCACGCUUCGACAGUAAAUGCCCAGCUCGUGAGAGAAGAAUACCUAGCCGGCCAGCAACUAAACUCUCUGGCUCGCUUUGGCCCUUCGCCACCAAAGCAGCCACGACAGGAGGCGCAAGCAAUCGAUCAGCCGUCAAAGAGGAAGACGAAGCGCAUAAGCCAGAAUAUCCAGCAGAAAACGACCGAGCAUGUCCAGUCUGCACAAGGUCCUGGUCCUGACCCUGGCCAGCUGAGAGAGCACAAGACGAAGCGAAAGGUAGUGAAGUCGGUCCCAGGGCCCUCCGAGGCAGCAGCUAAAAACGGUUUCUCAAAGCUGCCGUUGCUAGUGCCGCGUGACUGUGUCGAUGGCUCAGACGAGUUCAAGGUGAAAGAACACAAAAAGAAUCAAGACACAAGAGAUUUGGUCAGCAGCCCAAUUACCCCUCGCCCGAUUCCUGCUCGGGUCGCGAAACAGACGCCUAUUCCAUUCCCUCAGCUCCGAACGCCCGAAGCCAAUCCCGCUGGCAAGGCCCACAAGAACAAUGGAGACGACCUUCCGCGUUUUGACCUUCUUGUCCCGGAGACACCUCCGUCCAAGACUCCAAGGAGGACGCCCGUGCCCUUUCCUACAAACGUGGAGGGGAGGAACGACACUGUCACCGCCGAGUAUAGCCUUUCUAAUGAUUAUCCUCAGACCGGACUUAUUUCCUCCCCUACACCUAAUGGCGAAGUACCGGCUCCUUCAACUGCACCUGCAGCUCUGGAAUUCUCUCAGACGGUGUCCAAGCUUCCUGCUGUGCCGAAUGCGCUCACUGAUGCUAAUCUGCGGAGCUUUAAGAAACCCUUGGCUGAUGGGACCAAGCCACGGCCUCGCACGAAAACAGGAACAUCUACUGUUGCUUCAUUCCCCACAUCGUCUGCCUCAAUGAGCAUUGUAGAAGCCUUCGCUCGCGUUGGGAAACCGCUUGUACGCUCGGCAGCCGAGAGGGACCCCUUUAUCACUACCAGUGACAAGCCACAAGGCACACGUGAGGCCCGUGAAGGAAUUCCGCUUGACAUCUUCACUGAGAAAUAUCGCGAGGUUACUAAGAUCGUGAACUUCGAUGAGGAGGAUCAAUACCUCAAAGAGCACCUAGAGUGGGAUGCUAGGCGCGAUCAAGGCCAGGUACCUUGCUUGCACAAGAUGACUGGUUGUUCGGCAAAGAAAGAAGAACUUCUUCGAUUGAGCAAGGACGAGAAUAUGCAGAUUCUUGCGCAGCUCGACACUCCCGCUGAUGAUGUGGCGAAGCUGGACGAAGCUAACAACCAAUCUCAACGCGCCGAAGAUCUGCUUAUGCUGGCUACAAAGGCCCGUAUACCUGUGCCUAUCGGUUGCAUUGAGGGCAGAUGGGCCUUGUACUCUCCCAGGUAUGCCGAAACACAUUUCGACAAAUAUGGCUACGGUCAGCGCAGCCUCGUCAUAUCCUCCAUCGCAGGGUUCAAGCACAAAAAUACUUUCACCGCACGCAUGCAACUCCCGCCUCGCACCAUGGCUUUCAGCAUUCUGGCUUUCCAAGCCCCUCCACAUGCAUCUUUCCGCAUCACUACCAUCAAAACGGCUUCGGAAGGGUACACUAUGGACGUGGUCUUCUUGGGUAACGGAUUCUUGCAUCUGCGAGCUGACCUGGGACGACUGCUCACGGGCACGACUCGCAAGCCAAACGAAGACAACCAUGUGCUCGAUUUCAUUGGUGUACAUGACCAGGCAACGCAGUGGUGGCCGGACAAGAAGAGUGAAGUCGAGGAUGAGAACAUGGUGUAGUGUUCGCCUGAACAUUCUGCAGUUCCGAGCCAGAAACACUGCAGGGAUAGGUGGGGUGAGUGCCUCUUUUUCCAUCGUGUACGAUGCUAUAUCCGAUGCUCUGGCUUCUCAUACCUGUACUAUAUUUUCAAGCGAAGAUACGGCUAAGUCAUCGCGCAUUACAGCGCUGCCAACGCAUUCGCCGUAUUCACCACACGAUGGAGC